AUGCUAUCGACGGCAACGGCCUGUCUGCUCGUGAUAUUAUGCUUGGCUUACUUGGUAAUGGUGGAAUCGAGCCUCUUCCGCCCGAGACCCUGCAUGGACGACAGCAAGUGCGGAGUACGAGGGAAAUGCCUGCGGACCUCGGACCGGAAAUUCAUUCAGGGAUACUGUGUGCAGCUGAAAGAAGACGAAUGUCUGGAGAAAGCUGAUUGCUCCGGCAAGGCCGGGUCUAGCUGUGCCGUCGCCGACCCAGAGCGGUGCCGGCAAUUCGAUGAAUGCAUCGGGAAGUGCCAGCUGGAGGAGACAACCUCCUCUUCGCCGAUUCCUCCC